GGACUCUUGCGAUCUGCGGUCAAGAAUUGAAACGUAGUAGUAUUGCAUUGCAGGUGCAAGAGUAUUACAAGUUUUGCAAAGAAAAGCAGUUGUAAGAGCGCGUAUAUCGUAUUGGUGACACAUUUUAUAACGAUGAGCUUCGUACUUAAAAAAAUCGAAAGUUCGAGUCUGUGGAAGCGCGAAUCGGGAUAUAGAAUGAUUGCUAUAAGUGCUGAUGCUCGGGAUAUCGUGCAAUAGCCUGGGCGUAGCCUUGUUCCUGCUCGCAAUGAUGAUCUGCGCGGUGAGCGAAGUCGCGAGGUAUUACACGAAGCACUUCGUCUUUGUCGUUAUGAGCGCUAUAUGGGCAACGUGGCCGAUUCCACUGAUGUUCUUCAGGAUACGAGACUGGCGUAACGCACUGAUACCCGCUUGGGGGGCUAGAUUCGUCGCGAAAUUGAUCGGCAUCAAUUACCAAAUACGUGGCAAGGAAAACAUUGUGCAGAACAGCGGUGCCGUCGUCAUGAUCAAUCAUCAGAGCAAUCUUGACCUCUGUGUGUUGGCAGAAUUGUGGCCGGUUCUCGAGAAUUGCACCGUGAUAUCGAAAAAGCAGGUGCUCUACUUCGGCACCUUCGGCCUGGCGAGCUGGCUCUGGGGCACGAUAUUCAUCGAUCGCGUCAAAAAGGAAGAGGCUCAGAACACGGUCAACUCAACGGCGGACAUUAUUCGCGCGCGAAAGGCGAAAGUGUUGCUCUACCCGGAGGGCAAAAGGCACGGCGGCUCGGCUCUGCUGCCUUUUAAAAAGGGUGGCUUUCACGUGGCCAUCGACUCGCAGACGCCCAUCCAGCCGGUCGUUGUUUCGAGGUACUACUUCAUCAACGCCAAGUCGAAAAAGUUCGACUCAGGCACGAGCUUCAUCACGAUACUCCCGGCAAUACCGACCGAAGGCCUGACAAAGGCCGAUUUGCCGAGAUUGGUCGAGGAGACGUACGCGGUCAUGAACAAGGUGUACCAGGAGUCGACCCAGGAAGCGUUGUCUCGGCACAUGGACAGUCUCAAGCUCGAUUGACUUUUCCCCUCGCAAGUGCACAUCAUCGAGACAACGGCUGGUCUCUCUCUCUUUCUGUUAUUAAAAGAUACAUAGGAGUCAAUGUUUGGCCAAUAAGCUCAGUGGUGCCUGGUAACAGUUGUAACGCAUGACUCGUGUGACGUGCGAGCGAUCGGUGAGAUUUUGUUACUGUGUGCAUGUAGUAUGCGCGUGUCUGUGUUUGGAUGAAUUUUAAGUAUAGGUUUUUUUCCCGAUCGAACAUCACUUGAGUACGACGAGGUUGAAGCACCACAAUUUUGCAAAAAUAAUUUUUUUUUUUCGGGAUGACAAGAAGAUGAUUAACUGUUUUGAAUGUCACUGAGUGAUGGUUGUUACAGUUGGAAGAAACGAUGUUGGUUUAAUGAUUGGGAAAAAAAGAAAAAUACAGAGUACGUGUGUAAGUGAUGUCUUUUUAAAAUUUUACCAAGGUUUUUUUUAAAAAUAAAUUAAAUGAUUAGUUGUAUAUUUUGCAAGUGAGACAAAAUAAUUUUAUUGAUACAUGCCGAUAGAAUAUAUUUUAUAA